AUGAAGCUCGUCAUACUCGCGACUCUACUGGGCCUUUGUAUGGCCACACCAAGUCCACCUCCGGCUGAAAAGGCUCCAGUAAAGAAAACUUCAGAAGAUGACAACUUACCGUUGCCUCACGAGUUUAUUUCUGGUGAGACUGGGCGAUCUAAAGAACUUCGAGAAUGGCAAAAGAAACAAAUGGGAAAAACAAAUCCGUUAUUAGACCCAUACUAUGAGGAAUUGCUGGAGAAAAAGAAAAAGGAAGAACAGGAACAACUACAAAAACAAGAGGAGCUUCAAAAGAAAACAGAGGAUGAAGGAGCCGAGCAAAAGGGGAAAGCUGCACAGGAUGGACCCAAAGUACCUCAAACUCUAGAAGAGAAGGAAAAGGAGUUUAAAGAGAAAAGAGAAGAAGCUAGAACUAAGUUGGAGAAAAGGAUAAGUGAAGAAAAGAAGAAGCCCAUAAAGGACAGGAAGGAAGACUAUGAAGCCAGUAGCGAUGGAAAAUUUGAUGAAUGGCUUGCCAAGUCCAAGGCUGUUGAAGUGGGUGCCAGAAAGUUGUAUGAAGAAGCCAAGAAGAAGGUAGACGCCAUAACUGAAACAGAGUCCAAGAAACAGUUCGAAGAAAGACUCGAGGCUAUUCUUAAAACUGUCGAGGAAAUCACAAAGGAUAUUGAGGAACUUGAAAAGACUGAGGAAAAGGAGAGUUCUAAGGCAAUUGAAAAGGCACUUGGACACUUUUUAGGUCACUUCCAAACCCGUGCCAUGGUAAAGUCCGACGUUAGUGAACUCAUCCUCGACAUUGCCAGGGACCAAGAGGAUGGAGACGAAGUCCUCAAGACCCUGGAGCAGUUUCUAGUAGCUCUUGAAAGGUCUCCACUGGCAUAA